UACGCCGAUAUUGCUUCUUUUGCGCGCCAGCAGGCUCGGAGCUAUGCUACGACCCCACCAGUCCCUCGCAGGGUUGCGGGUCGAACAAGGCAGAAGCAGCAGCAAACAUCUCGUCGUCUCGCCACGCAUCGUCGCAGAUUGCUUGCUCUCGAACAGAAGCGCCGCUCUGGCUACGUUUCCCGCCAACCAUCCACUUCAGUCGAAACGUUACUGGGCCAGGGCCAAUAUAGGUCGCUCGGCCGCCGUCUCCUCAACCUCAGACAAUGGAAUGCAACGAGACUGGACCUAAGCACUGCGGAUAGUGCUCGGAAAGGGCGCUCAUGGCUGGUCCGAGCCUUUGCUGCGCUCGACAGGAAAGUUCAUUGGCGUAUGAAACGCUACACCCAAGUCAUCACCAUACAGCACCACCGCCGUUGCGCGAGAUGGAGCAGCCUGUUCUUCGGAAAGACUGAACAGACCAAGCUACGCUGGGUGAACCUCGACUCGGAGAAGAAGACACUGUAUGCGCAGCGAUUGCUUGUCUAUCUUCUCGAUCGCAGACCCGGCCGCGCAUUGCAGCUUAUCCAGGCGCUGGCUGAUGCUCCCCAUCUUGGCCGUGUUCCACCUGAAAUGCUUGCCGACGCUCUAGGCCAUCUUGCCAAGAUACACGUCAACAAGCUGUAUGCUAAAAGUGAUAGAUGGGACCGGGAUCCAGAGGCACUCAAGCAGGACUUCGUUGCGGCCUUCUCCCGUGUUUUCCGUCAAACCCUGUCUGGUCAUCCCAAUGUAUGCUCGCAGGAGCUGUUAUAUAAUGUCGUCAGUUUGACGACUCCUCAUGACCUCGAAGGCGUAUUUGACAUGCUCGUCGAAGCCCGGACACGCCUCGGAUACGACACCCUCCUGCACUACGCGAGCACCUUUGGCGAAGCCGGCAAUUUCGAGUAUGCGUUGAAAUGUCUGGACGUGAUGAAAGCAAAACACGAUCCCGUCGCAUGGCAGAGAGUGGUGGACCGCCAACGGUUCCGAUGGAGUUGCGCCGUCAUCCUGCGCAAGAGCACGAGCAAGGGCGAGAACUACCACGAGACGCCCGGCAUAGUCGCUGCUUUCGUGCGGCUGGGCGUCAAGAUGGAUAUCCUCCUCUACAACGUCGUCAUGCACAACGCUAUGGAAGCCGGUGAUUAUGCUACUGCGUUCAAAGUGUACAACGCGUUGGAUGGGAAUGAGAUGAAGCCCGACCCGCAUACCUUCUCGAUCCUCCUGCAUGGGUGCACUAUGCAAAGCAACCCCGCGAGCUUUAACGACUUUGCAGAGUACUGUGCAGAGGUAGCGAAAGAGAUCAAAGACCCUUGGCUUGGGACGGAUUACCUGUACUACCUGUACAUCCGCUACCACAACACCUCCGAUCCCGAGCGGACGUUGUCUCGACUAUGGCGCGCCUACUUGGACAUCUUCUCCGCAACCCCCCUCCUCCCCUUCAUCAGCCACAGCAGACACCAACUGCGGCACGCCAUCUCGCAGCAAAACCCAGACUCCCUCCUCCAACCCCCCCACAUCGCCCUCUACAUAAUCCUGCAGGCAGAAAUCCAAGCAGCGCAGCACCUCAGCCCCCAGCGCGUACAAACCCUCUACUCGCAAUUCAAGCUCCUCGCCACCAACAAAAACAGCACCAGCACCACCCCCAUCCUAACAAGCCUCGCCCGCAACCCCCCAAUCUGGAACGCCUUCCUCCUCGCCUUCUGCCAAACCCACCACUUCGCCAGCGCCGCCCAGCUCCUCGCAGACAUGACCCUGCACGCCCCCCAACCCGACAUCUACACCUGGAACAUCUUCAUGCAAGCGUUCUUCAAGACCGGGCAGGUGCAGGCCGCCGACCGCGUCUUCGACAUCAUGCGCUCCCGCGGCGUCGACCCGGAUCAGUACACGUACGGCGUCAUGUUGCGCGGGUACGCGAAAGCCCAACUCAUCGGCCGCAUCGCCGAGACUAUGCAGCAUGUUGAUGAGGAGCAGCAGUUGCAUCCUGAUCUGCUGCGCGCGUUGGCCAGGGUCGUGGAUCGCAGGAAACUCAUGCUGGCGCUUGAGCAGGCGCGUGUUGCUAGGGAGAGGAAGGUUCGGCAGCGG